CGUGGCUCCGUCGUCAGGUAGCUUCCCUUCCUUCCUUCUCCGCUCACGCGCUGCAUGUGUGCGUGUUUUUAAUCGUCAUUUGAAAGAUGUGAAUUUGCAAGGUGCUGGAACGUCAUAACACGAUCGGCCGGCCGCCCGCCAAAUGGAGUCCUCGCCCUCGAAGCCCUUCAAAGGGAAGAAAAGAAAAAAGGAUGCGGAUCGUCCUCCCCAUGCGGCGAAGAGGGGCAGAAGGCAACGCGCCGGCGCUGACGAAAGCGAGCGAGCGGACCCGCUGAUCUCCGUGGCUCCCCAACGCCUGCGGCAGCCCAUCGCGGCCGAGGAGCUGACGGAGCUCCUGCACUACGCCGCUCUCGGGGCCGGCGGCACGAUCGGACGGCCGAGGUCGCCGAGUUGGUGUGAUGUGCGCGCACAAAGCCGCGUUGAAGGCGUCAACGUGGUGGUGGUGGAGGGCGUGAGCCAAAGCGACUUCUACAAUCACUACCUGACUCUUAGCAACUUGAGGAGCCACUUCAGCAAUAGGUUGACCUUCACGCCGGGGGGCGGCGGCCAGGGCAGCAGCACCGCCCUGCUUUCCACCAUCUUCGGCACGCCGGUGGAAGCGCCGCCGCGGCGGCAAGACGGCAAGCUGAAAAAAGCGCUGAGGACUCACCCGGUGGUGCUCAAGUACGGGACGAGCAAACGGGGCCUGACGGCCUACGUGCUCGGCCAGGAGGAGCUGAUCAAGCGGCGUUACCCCGUGAAAGGGCUGGCCGGCUUCGAGGACUUUGCGUGCGUCGACUGCGUAGACGUGACGGACGCCAGCCCUCUCUUUGGACUGGACUGCGAAAUGUGUCUCACCAGGAGGGGCUACGAGCUGACCCGAGUCUCCCUGGUGGACAGCGAGGGCAAGUGCGCGAUGGACCGGCUGGUUAAACCCGACAGCCCGAUCCUCGACUACCUCACCAAGUUCUCCGGCAUCACGGCGGCCAUGUUGGAUCCGGUCAAGAGGAGCUUGCGUGACGUCCAAGCCGAGCUGAGGACGCUGUUGCCGCGCGACGCCGUCCUGGUGGGCCACUCUGUCAACAACGACCUAGCCGCUCUCAAACUGAUCUAUCCUCACCUGAUUGACACGUCGCUGCUCUACGUGAAAGACUUUGGCCAGAGGUUCAAGUUGAAGCUCCUGGCCGAGGUGGUGCUCGGCAGGAGCAUCCAGACGCCCGAGCGGGAAGGCCAUUGUCCGGCGGAGGACGCCUUGGCCGCUUUGGAUCUGGCCAAAUACUUCAUAAGCAAGUCACCUCUGAAGCUUGUCGAGGAUCACCUGGAGGACCUUUGGGGUUUGACCGCAGAAGACGACGACGACGAGCCCGCGCCCAGUAGCAGGUUUGCCGAUGUUUUGCAGCGUCUGGGCAGGUCCCUCUGCUAUGUGGGGAAACGCCGUGACAUCACCUUACACCCGGCCAAUCAGCUGUGGCACAACUCGGACAAACAGGUGCUGGCCUCUUUCCUGGGACAGAGCAAGCGGCCCUUCUUCUCGGUGCUCAGCUUUUCCUCCUUCUCGAGCCGCCCUCCAUGUCAAGACCACAAGGUGAGCCGGCGUCUUCAGCAAAUGCGCGUGGUGUUUGCCGGCCCGUUUCCCGCCGGCUUCUCCCAGGGAGAAGUGAGGCGACUCUUCAGACGCUGCGGCUCGGUCAGGGCCGUCCAAAUGCUGACCGGCACGCACAGGGUUCACGCCGCCGUGGAGUUCAAGUUACUGGAAGGAGCCGCGCUGGCGCUGCAACUGCUCAACGGGGCCCUCGUGCAGGGACACGCCCUGAAGGUUCAGAGGCCGGUGAGCGAGGCCACGCUGGAUUUUGACGCGACUCUGGAGGCGCUGGCCAAUGACGCCGUCAACGCGUGCCGCCUCUACACGCUCAAGCGCGCUCACGCAUGGGACGGCCAGCCUUCUGCCUCCGGACAACUCAGCCACGAGACCUUGAUGAAGACGUUUGGCCGCUUUGGCGCCGUGGAGAGCGUCACGUUGACGGGCAAACCCGGAGGACGGGCUAAACGGGCCUUCAUACAGUUUGAGCGUUCCGAGGGCAAACGAGCGGCCGUGGAACUUUGGUUGGAGAAGUACGUGACGUGUCCGGCGCUGACUCCGGCCCACACCGCGAGCGGCGUGUGGCGGCACCGAGGGCCGCAUCAGCGGAGAGGCCAAACGGAGCCGGAACCUCCUCAGAACGUGGCGGAGCGUCACCGGAUGCAAAAGCUGGACGCGCGCCUCGGCAAAGUCUUCCGCUCGCUCCCAGAAGGCGCCUUGUCUGUGGUGGUGCUGCUUGCUCCCCACAGCUUUCCUCCUUUGCGUCUCCUCAGCGCGGAGGAGCCGCCGUCACCUGGCCUGUGCUUCUUGGAGAUCAAGUCCAAAGUCAAAGGUCUCCCAUGACGGACGCCUCAUCAAAUGGAUUGGGCUCUUCAAGGCCCAAACUUUCACCGUCAUCAAGGCGUUCUGAAACUUUGUCGCAAUGAAAAUCAGUGAUGCUGUUGGGCAAAAAAAAAGAAAAAACAACUUGGCCUUGUACUGCAUUUGCCCAGGUGACAUGGCAGAAGAAAAAAACGUGCUGAACAAAGUGACGGACGUACGGAGGCGGUGAUUGUAAGAAAAUGCUUUAAUUUUUUCAUCUCCCUGCCCUUUUUUUUCCAAGGAAAUAGCCAAGGAUUUUCGAACCUUGUAGAAAAACAAGGUAAAUAUUUAUAACCGUUUUGCCACAUUUGCCGAACAGCGACAAAACAUCUGUACAAAAACAAAACAUAGAAUGGUCACCUCCGACCAAAUCAGUGCCAUAAUAAAUGAUCACAUUGUUUGGUGAUAUCCUUCCUGUA